UGUCCAGUGAGAGCAGAGGAGGUAUUCAGAGAUACUGAAGAGGACAGUGGCAAUUCAUGCCUUGGAAACAACGGCAGACAGACCAUGGAAAUAAUGGUGAAAGGGUUUCCUCUGAAGGUGAUGAAUAUUCCAUGGAGGAAUAAUAACCUCAGUACUCUGCACACAGAUCCUCCCCUGUCCGAGCAAGGAGAGACCAUCAUCGGCGUCUACCUGUUAGUGUUGGGAUGGCUGUCCUGGUUCGGAAACAGUUUAGUGAUGUUCAUCCUGUACAGACAACGGGCGUCACUUCAGCCGACAGAUUUUCUAACUUUAAAUCUCGCCAUCUCCGAUGCCAGUAUCUCAGUGUUUGGCUAUUCCAGAGGGAUCCUAGAAAUCUUCAACGUCUUCAAAGAUGACGGAUAUUUGAUCACCUGGAUCUGGACCUGCCAGGUAGACGGCUUCUUCACGCUGAUGUUUGGCCUUGCGAGCAUCAACACCUUGACCGUUAUCAGCAUCACCAGAUAUAUAAAGGGAUGUCAUCCAAACAAAGCAUACUGUAUCAGCAUGAACACCAUCGCUAUUUCACUCAUCUGUGUUUGGACUGGAGCCGUGUUUUGGUCUGUCGCGCCACUACUGGGCUGGGGCAGUUACACAGAUCGAGGUUACGGCACCUGUGAGGUGGACUGGUCCAAAGCCAACUACUCCACAAUCCACAAAUCCUACAUCAUCUCCAUUCUCAUCUUUUGCUUUUUCAUCCCAGUGAUGAUUAUGCUCUUCUCUUACGUCUCCAUUAUCAACUCAGUGAAAAACACUAAUGCCAUGUCAGCCGAUGGUUCACUCACCACACGCCAAAGGAAGGUGGAAAGGGACGUCACAAGGAUUUCCAUUGUAAUCUGCACGGCUUUCAUCUUGGCCUGGUCGCCAUAUGCAGUGGUGUCUAUGUGGUCGGCCUGGGGCUUCCAUGUGCCAAACACAACCAGCAUCAUCACCCGCCUCUUUGCCAAGUCUGCCAGCUUCUACAACCCACUCAUCUACUUCGGCAUGAGCUCCAAAUUCCGCAAGGAUGUCUCUGUGCUGCUGCCGUGCACACGCGAGCGCCGGGAGGUGGUGCGCCUGCGACAGUUCAAGAACCUAAAACCCAAGGCCGAGGCGUCACCCGCACCUGCGUCGCUUCCUGUUUACAAGCUGGGGGUGACCUUUAAAGAGGGAAAGCUGAACACAUACAAUCCUGACAGUGACUCGGGGGUCAACAGCCCUCCUCGCAGUCCUCCAUCUGACCCACAGGAGGUCAUCCACAUCGAUGUGCCAUCACACAUCGAAACAUCACAGUACUGGUGUGACAGGCUGUAAGACCAUGGACUUCAAACUUAACUCACUUGAACGACAAGGGGAGAGUAUUUGUUUUAGUCUUACCCAUCUUAAUGCACUGUAUAACCAACAUUAAUAAAUUACUUUCAGUUUCACACAGUUA